ACGCGCUUCUGAGUGGUUAUCAUGGGCUUCAUUGCCUUUCUGAAGACCCAGUUCAUAGUUCACCUCCUCAUUGGGUUCGUCUUUGUUGUGAGUGGACUGAUCAUUAACUUCAUUCAGCUAUGCACGCUAGUCCUCUGGCCCAUAAACAAGCAGUUUUAUCGCCGAGUAAACUGUCGCCUUGCCUAUUCGCUUUGGAGCCAGUUGGUAAUGCUGCUGGAAUGGUGGUCAGGCACAGAGUGCACCUUGUUCUCAGACGAGGCCACGGUGAACACCUUUGGGAAAGAACACGUCAUCAUCAUCUUGAAUCACAACUUUGAAAUCGACUUCUUGUGCGGCUGGACUAUGACAGAGCGCUUCGGCGUGCUAGGGAGUUCCAAAGUUCUUGCUAAGAGAGAGCUGCUAUAUGUGCCCCUAAUUGGCUGGACGUGGUACUUCCUUGAGAUUGUUUUUUGCAAAAGGAAAUGGGAAGAAGACAGAGAUACGGUUAUUGAAGGUUUAAAACGUUUGGCUGAUUAUCCUGAAUAUAUGUGGUUUCUUCUGUACUGUGAAGGAACUCGUUUUACGGAGACCAAGCAUCGUAUCAGUAUGGAGGUAGCUGAAUCCAAGGGGUUGCCUAAACUGAAAUACCACCUGUUGCCCAGAACCAAAGGUUUCACCACUGCUGUCCAGUGUCUCAGGGGAACAGUUUCAGCAGUGUAUGAUGUAACACUAAAUUUCAGAGGAAACAAGAACCCGUCUUUAUUAGGAAUUCUCUAUGGAAAGAAAUAUGAAGCAGAUAUGUGUGUAAGGAGAUUUCCUCUGGAAGAUAUCCCUCAAGAUGAAAAGGAAGCUGCCAACUGGCUUCAUAAGCUUUACCAGGAAAAGGAUGCUUUGCAAGAGAUGUAUAAUCAGGAAGGCAUAUUUCCUGGCCAGCAGUUUAAACCUCCUAGGAGACCAUGGACUCUCCUAAACUUUCUUUUUUGGGCCACAGUUCUCCUCUCUCCUCUCUUCACAUUUGGCUUUGGAGUUUUUGCAAGUGGAUCACCUCUCCUUAUCCUUGCAUUCCUUCUGUUAUAUUUUAAAGCUUCCUUUGGAGUUCGUAGACUGAUAGGAGUAACUGAAAUAGAAAAAGGCUCCAGCUAUGGCAACCAAGAAUUCAAGAAAAAGGAAUAACUGACAGCUGCAGUUCAGCA